AUGAGUUACUUUUCUGGGGUCUUCUGUGGCAGUUCAAAACCGGUUGACGAAAAGCGUGAAGAAUCACACCAGCAAGCCAGCACAAAUCAAGAAUGUGCUGUAGAGGAGCGGUCUGUUGAUGAAGCCCGCCGGCUGAGAGUGGUUAUCAUCGGCGCCGGUAUUUCAGGGAUCAUAGCAUGUGUUCGAUUCAUGCAGCGAAUUCCCAACGUGGAUGUAUGCGUAUAUGAUAAAAAUGCAGAUAUUGGAGGCACCUGGUUUGAAAACCGGUAUCCAGGGUGCGCUUGUGAUAUUCCAGCUCAUACGUAUCAAGCCACAUUCGAGCCUAACAAGAGUUGGUCGACGUUUUAUGCCAAAGCUCCAGAGAUUCACCAGUACUGGAAGCAUGUCGCUGAAAAGUACGGAUGCAUGCCAUAUAUCAAAUUGAGACAGCAGAUAUCCGAAGCUGUCUGGGAUGAGGAGCAAUCAAAGUGGAAUCUGCAGGUCCAAGAUUUGGAACACUCUUCCACUUAUAUAGAUCAAUGUGAUAUCGUAAUUCAGGCGACUGGGGCAUUGAACAACUGGAAAUGGCCAAAUAUCCCUGGCCUUCAGGAAUUCAAGGGCAAGUUGAUGCACAGCGCCUCGUGGGACGAGAGCUAUGAUUACAAAGGUAACCGUGUUGCAGUCAUCGGCAAUGGAUCGAGUGGGAUCCAAAUUGUUCCCGCAUUACUACCUGAUGUACCGCACAUCAACCAUUAUAUGCGCAGCCGGACAUGGAUUUCCCCGUCGUUUGGACGAGAUCAAAUUGAAAAGCGUGGGCAGGGUCUGGACAAUUUCACAUUUACUUCUGAAGAGAUCGAAACUUUCAAGAAAGAUCAUCAGGCGUAUCAGGAAUUUCGCAAAGGUGUCGAGCUGGAGCUCCAGUCUGUCCAUGGUGCCACCCUUACCGGACAUCCAAUGCAGCUCGGGGGACUGGAGCUUUUUGCAGAGAACAUGAAGCGGCGUCUGGCCAAUAAGCCUGGACUUAUUGAUGAACUACUUCCUUCAUUCCCGCCUGCGUGUCGUCGACUCACCCCAGGUCCUGGGUAUCUAGAAGCGUUGACAGAUGAUAAGGUUGAUAUUAUCACUGCGGAUAUUGUCAGGGUAGACGAAACCGGGAUAAUCACCGCAGACGGUCAGCAUCGGCCUGUCGACAUGCUUGUAUGUGCCACUGGCUUUGACACAUCAUAUACUCCCCGGUUUUUGAUCAAAGGCCGAGGAGGUGUCACCCUCUCGAAACGAUGGGAAGAAACCCCGGAGACGUAUCUCUCGGUCGCGACUGAUGGGUUCCCGAACUAUUUCUUUUCCCUCGGACCUAAUGCCGGGCUAGGCGAAGGCAAUCUUCUCUUGCUCAUUGAAAAGGCGCUGGAUUACGUAACAGAAUGCGUGAGCAAGAUGCAGCGGGACAAUAUCCGCGCUAUGAGUGUCCGACGGGAGGCAGUCCAGCAUUUCACAAAAUACUGCGAUCAAUAUUUUGCGGGAACUGUAUUCAGCAGCAAGUGUCGCAGCUGGUAUAAGGGUGGCACUGAGAAUGGCCGGGUCACCGCUCUCUGGCCAGGUUCUUCCCUGCACUCCAUGAAGGCACUCGCAAACCCCCGAUGGGAGGACUUUGAGUAUACUUACGUCAAUGAUAAUGUCAAUGGUUGGCUCGGGGAUGGUUGGACAGAGAACGAGAAGGAGAACAAGAUCAACGUGGACUACUUGGACGAUAACGAGGUCGAUUUUCCGCGUCCAGUGGAUGUCACCCAAUAG